GCCUCCCGCCCGGACCUUCCCUGGCCCCCUACCCGGGUAAAGCCGGGAACCGGGGCUUUCGAGGGACCCCCUUUCUUCCGGAGGGCCGUCCCGGCUCCCGCUGCCCCUGGGCCGCCCCGGGGGGCCCCGGGCCCCACGCCGCCCCCGCGGCCACGGCUCGCCCCCGCCCGCCUGAUUCCGGGGGUCGAGACCCCGGGCCCCCCAGCGCCCCCGCCCGAGGAGCGGACCGCUGGACCCCCGGCCGGCGGCGACAGGUUGGCAAUCCUAGAAGACUAUGCGGACCCGUUUGAUGUCCAGGAGACUGGUGACAGCCUAGUAGGAGCUUCAGGAGCCCCAGAGAAGGUCCCGGAAAAUGAUGGCUACAUGGAGCCCUAUGAGGCCCAAAAGAUGAUGGCCGAGAUCCGGGGCUCCAAGGAGACGGCCACUCAGCCCCUGCCUCUGUAUGACACACCCUAUGAGCCAGAAGAGGAGGGGGCCACCCCUGAGGGCGAGGGGGCCCCUUGGCCCCGGGAGUCCCGCCUGCCUGAGGAUGAUGAGAGGCCGCCCGAGGAGUAUGACCAGCCCUGGGAGUGGAAGAAGGAGCGGAUUUCUAAAGCCUUUGCUGCCCAGUUUGAAGGAUCUGAGAAGAGCUGCCUGUCACCCGGCCUGGAGGAGAAGGGGCGUCUACCUCCCCGACUCUCUGCAGGGAACCCCAAGUCAGCCAAGCCCCUAAGCAUGGAGCCCAGCAGCCCCCUGGGGGAGUGGACAGACCCAGCACUGCCUCUGGAAAACCAGGUCUGGUACCAUGGGGCCAUCAGUCGAACAGAUGCCGAGAACCUGCUCCGGCUGUGCAAAGAGGCCAGCUACCUGGUGCGCAACAGUGAGACCAGCAAGAAUGACUUCUCCCUGUCCCUCAAGAGCAGCCAGGGCUUCAUGCAUAUGAAGCUGUCUCGGACCAAGGAACACAAGUACGUGCUGGGCCAGAACAGCCCGCCCUUCAGCAGCGUCCCCGAGAUCGUGCACCACUACGCCAGCCGCAAGCUGCCCAUUAAGGGGGCCGAGCACAUGUCCCUGCUCUACCCCGUGGCCAUCCGGACUCUGUAGGGGUGAGGCCUGGGCACUGCGGCAGAUCUGGACCCAGUCCUGUGCCCGCCCCCUGGCUGAGGGCUGUGGUCCUUCCCAGGGCCGUGCUCUCCCAAGCCUUUCUUCCCCUCUCCCUGGGAUGGAGUGGAAACUGGAGAUUCCUUAAUUUAUUCUAAAGAGUAAGGGCUAUGGGGCCUUGGAGGAAGCGGAGGUCUGGAGCUGAGGAGAGAAGAACCCCUGGGGGGAAAGGGCAGCCCCUGGAGGAAGGGGGCUUCCAAACCGCGAGUCUCCCGAAGAGUUUAAGAUCCGCAGCUGCAGGCCCCGCCUCUGGGGCAGAGGUGGCAACCUACUUCCCCUCCGCCCUCUCCCCCGGGUCAGUACGAGGCGGAGCAGGAUGCAGGCUCGCAGGGCACCCUGCCCUCUUCCCCUCCACCCCCAAACGAUCGGCAGACCCCUGGGGUGGAGAUGGCAUUGGGGCGGGAGAGGCGGGAAAGGGAUCGGGACGGAGGGAAUUCGUGCGGUCCCCGGCCGUUCCGGCUCCCGGCCAGAGGCAAUAAAUAAACCCAGUGCUGCCAGGCA